GUUAUUACUAUAUUUUCUGCGUUAUCGCACGUUACGUUACGUUUCACUUAUUUGUUGUUCGGUGGCGAAAAGGAUCGUGUCUGAUGCGAACUCGCGUUGGCGAUAUGUUUCGAAAUAGUUUAAAGGUACUCGUGAGAAUCGACAAUUGCAUUCACAAACGCCAUGCCAGCAGCAACGUGGCUUUCAUCGGGCUGGGUCAGAUGGGCGCGAGAAUGGCCACCAAUUUAUUAAAGAAGGGACAAAAUAUCAAAUUAAAAGUAUACGACGUCUCUCCGGCCGCAGCCGGUAGCGUCAAGGGAGCCAUUCCAUGCCAGUCAGCGGAUGAAGCUGUAGACGGUAGCGACGUAGUCAUAACGAUGUUGCCCAAUGGAGGCGUAGUUAAGGAGACGGUAUUAGGGCCUCAAGGUAUUCUAAAAAAACUUUCUAAAAACGCGUAUCUGCUGGACAGUUCGACGACCGGACCCGAAGUAGCCAGAGACUUGGCCAAGGCAGCGCAGGACAGCGGAGUCCGUUUUCUGGAUACCCCAGUCUCGGGGGGAGUUGUGGGGGCUGCAGACGGCACUUUGACUUUCAUGGUGGGGGGUAGUAAAACGGACGUAGACGUGGUCGAACCGAUAUUGUUGACUAUGGGCAAGAAGGUCUUACAUUGCGGGGACUACGGCGCCGGACAGAUUACCAAGCUGUGCAACAAUUUAAUAUUAGGCAUAACCAUGAUCGGUACAGCGGAGGCCCUCAACCUUGGAGUCAAAUUAGGUCUCGAUCCGAAAUUACUAACGUCGGUAGUAAACAUAUCAACCGGACGUUCGUGGUCGUCCGACACGUACAAUCCGGUGCCCGGAGUCCUACCGAACGUCCCUGCCGGUAACAAUUACGACGGUGGUUUUUCCGUGGGUCUCAUCGCUAAAGACUUGGGAUUGGCAGAAGUAGCAGCUCUCGGCAUUAAUGCGCCAGUUCCUUUGGGCGCCAUGACGCAUCAACUGUUCCGGACAAUGAUCAACCACGGGUUAGCAAAUAAGGACUUUUCUGUGAUUUAUAAAUUCCUGAGCGGCGAGACUAAAUAAAAACCCGUUUUUUUACAUUCUUUUUCCUUCCACCCAGGUUAUCAGAAACUUAUGGGACAAUUUUUAAGCUUUCGAUAUAGCGACGAGACAGUGGGCAUUUUUAGAUAUAUAGAUAGUCACGUUACUUUGGACGUAAAUCAAAACGGAAUAAAUAUAUAAUGUAACGAAU